AUGACGUCACAUAAACUUCUUCAUUUGGUCAUCCAGAGGGCAUUCAAGCAGAGUGCAUUCAAGCUGAAGAUAACGUGCCAUUUGUAUUUUAUCGUGAACAUGGUCACCGAAGGACAGUUAAGGCUAAGUGCGGUUCCGCCAGUUCAUCUCUCAUCAUGGUUGCUUAUACUUCUCAUUCUGAGGUCAUGCUCUUCUGUGAAACCAGCCAGGCUUCCAAUGUAUCAAAGGAAACCUUUCAUAGCCGCUUGGAAUGCCCCGACAGAUCGGUGCUUGACCAAAUACAAUGUAAGUCUAAAUUUGAAAAUGUUUCAGGUAGUUGGAAGCCCGCUGACCAAGGUCCGGGGGCAAAAUGUCACUAUAUUUUAUGUCAAUAGAUUGGGAUACUACCCAUGGUACACAGCACAGGGGUUUCCCAUUAACGGGGGUCUCCCCCAGAAUGUCAGCUUGCAAAGACACCUGGAAAAAGCGGGCCAAGAUAUUAUUUACUACAUCCCUGCCAAAGACUUCCAUGGGCUUGCUGUUAUUGACUGGGAAUACUGGAGACCCCAGUGGGCACGGAACUGGAACACAAAAGCCAUCUACAGACAGAAGUCAAGAAAGCUCAUUUCUGAAACACAGGAGAAUGUAUCUGCUGCUGAUAUUGAACAUUUAGCCAAAGUCACCUUUGAAGAAAGUGCGAAAGUGUUCAUGAAGGAAACCAUACAACUGGGGCUCCAGAGCCGACCCAAGGGUCUUUGGGGCUAUUAUUUAUACCCUGAUUGCCACAACUACAAUGUCAAUGUCCCAAACUACACUGGGUCAUGCCCAGAAGAGGAGGUUCUGAGAAACAAUGAGCUCUCUUGGCUCUGGAACAGCAGCACCGCUUUAUACCCAUCUAUUGCGGUCAGGAAAUCCCUUCGGGACAGUGAAAACAUCCGGCGCUUCUCACAAUUCCGGGUGCACGAAUCCAUGAGGAUCUCUACCAUGACAUCCCAUGACUACGCCCUACCUGUAUUUGUCUACACAAGGCUGGGCUACAAAGACGAACCUUUAUCUUUUCUCUCAAAGCAAGACCUGAUCAGUACCAUUGGAGAAAGUGCUGCCUUGGGAACUGCAGGCAUUGUCAUCUGGGGAGACAUGAAUCUAACGUCAUCUGAGUGCAACUGUACGAAGGUGAAGCAGUUUGUGGGCUCAGAGCUGGGGCACUACCUCACCAACGUGAGCUGGGCCGCAGAGCUGUGCAGCCUGCAGCUCUGCGGGGGCCACGGCCGCUGUGUGCGGAGGCGGUGGCGGUCCCCAGACUAUCUGCACCUUAGCCCGGCCAGCUACCGCAUCGAGGCCUCGCAGGACGGCGACUUCACCGUGAGCGGCACAGCGUCGCCUUCCGACCUGGACGCGAUGGCGCAGAAGUUCUCCUGCCAUUGCUAUCAGGGCUACGGAGGGGCUGGCUGCAGGGCCCUGGGGCCGGCUGGUGGCGCAGCGGGCGGGUCGCGUGUCCCUGAGCCCCUGAUAGCACCAGGUCUGCUGGUCUUAGCGCUCCACUGGGGCGUCCAGCCCUGA